CUGAUCAGAAGCUGAAGAAGCCAAAGAAGACCUGGCAACUGGCUACGACAAAAUUGAGUUCCUAAUUCUUUCAACAACUUUCCAAUGGAAGCUUCGACUGACCCCCAUUACCUGUCCAUGCUCUCUCUCUCCUUCAUUCAUUCUGGAGAGACAGUCAGAAACUUUAAAAGAAAGAAGAAAAGGCCGGAAGCUAAGAAAGAUAAUAGAACUGAAUGGCUUGCUUUAUGCCCUUCAGCAACAGAAAUUUGGAUGUUUGUUUCUUCGUCUUCAGGCCAACAGUAGUGUUGGUGGAUGAAUUUGUUGACACUCUUAAGCAAUUCUCUUUGUGCACUGAGAGCCUUGGUUGUGUGCAGAAUUCUAUUUUUAAGAGCAUCCAUGGAAAUUUGAUCAUAUGGUAUGGAGCAUGGCUGAAGAGAUCUUUUGAAAACAAAGAGUUAUUAAGUACUACCCUUAUCUCAAUGCUAAGCAAUAUAUCAAGCAUGGCGAUCUUAAUGGACCAUAGCUUCUUUGAUGCAUAUGCCGGAGAAUCAAGAGACGGCUCCUCGGCCGCAAGAUUUUACACCGGCGACACGGUCUCGAUGAUUGCGGCAGUCACCUCUGCCGACGAAAUAGACAACCUUUCGUAUGCAUGCUUAGGAUUAUUCAAAUCUCGUUUUCUAAAGAUGGAAGGUGCUGCAGCCGGGGUGUGCUUGAGAUGCCAAAGCAAGCCAAGAGUGGCAUGCCUUUAUGUGUGGAAGUCUCUCCAAUUUUGUUACUCAUGGAUAAUAAACUGUGACCAGAGAAAGUCAAUGCUGCCCUAUCUUGAUCAAUUUUCUCUUGAUAUUAAGUAUGACAUCUAUAGGGUAGUCUAUGUUAGUGGUGACAUUGUACUAAAUUUUCAAGCUCCCUCUUCUACUCAAAUGUUAGAAAAUGGAGAAACCAAAGAAGGGCAGGUCAUGUAAAUUUGAAAAAAAAAAAAAAAAAAAAAAAAAGUGCUAAAAAGAUGUAAACCUUUUUUUGCGUAUUUUCUUCC